GGACUCGUAUUUUUCUUGUUCGGCAACUUUGAAAGACUUCUGAAGCAGCUGAGCAUCACCAAGGAAGAGGUAAGUUUCCCGGAACGGGGAACUGGGGGAAGGAAGGAAACAGGGAAGAAGAGUAAGAGGAUUGCCCGGGGUUUAUUCCUAGGGAACCGUAAAUUACGCUUUACACGUUAUUUUAACCUCUUUAGAGAAAUUGUAAUGUGUAACCGUCCAGCCUAAGGUUACUGAGCACGAAAUUUGUAGUACUACUGUUGAAUAUGUUGCACAAGGAAAUCUAACGAUAUUAAAGCAGUCGUGGAACUCUACAGUGUAACCACAGGUGUCCCAAGCUCACGUUACGAGCGUGUUAUGUAAAUUAACUUUUUCACGAGAGAGUCGGUGUCGCGUUACAAGCAAAAUGUGAAAUAAAAUUCUGAGGUCUGCGAACGUUAAAUAUCAUAAUUUUUACUUUUUUUCUGUGAAAUAAAGAAAGAAGACGUACCUUUUAUGUACUACUGUGUUUUUGGUGUGAAUUUAUCGAUUUAGUCCGUUUUUUUGGCUGUUAUUGUUUGAUCCCUUCGUAUUAUGAAGAGAGUGACAGAGGUCAAACAAUAGCAGCCAAAAAAACCGACUACAGUUGACUCCCGAUAACUCGAACUCUUGCUAACUCGAACCUCGCGUUAACUCGAACCGAAAUCGAUUUCCCCUGGAUUUCAGUCAUACAUUUUCUGUAUAACUCGAACCCUCGAUAAUUCCAAUCUCCCGCUAACUCGAAAUAGUUUUGUUUCCCCUCAGAUCAUUUCUAUAUAAUUUUACCCUUGAUAACUCGAACCAUGUUUUGAGCCCGUAAAAGUCGGGAAAAAACAGUCUACUGGUGUCCCACACAUUGAAUUUUGAAUUUCCCAUUGACGUGUUGUAGGCAUAUAGUUUACUAUUGGAGGCUGAUGUUGUUUGUCACAAAUCUAACGUGAAACAGCUUUACUUCUCAAAACAGUAAAGCGCAUGCUCUAUUUAAGCAAGGUUUUGUUAUGUUACGUUCUUAUUUAUAAUCAAGAAGUAUCUUUUAAUUUUCACUUGACAUUUCUAUAAUUAAAUGUGAUUAAAAUGUUCACUGUGCAGUAAAAACUGUUUUUUUCCUUACUCCCGGCUAUUGUUUUCAAGCGCCCGAUAACUCGAACUCGCGAUAACUCGACCCUUUUUCGAGAUUUCCCUUCGAGUUCGAGUUAUCGGGAGUCGACUGUAAAUCGACAAAUUCACACCAAAAACACAGUAGUACAUAAAAGGUAAGACUCCUUUAUUUAAUUAAGGGAAAAAAAGUAAAAAUUAUGAUAUUUAGCGUUCGCAGACGAGACCUCAGAAUUUUAUUUCUCAUACAAAGUGUUGAUUGUUGCUCCUGAGCUUGGGUAGGGACACCUGUGGUGUAACCAUUCCAGUGAAUGCUACUGAGCAGUACUUUCCUGUGGUACUGCAGGAGCACCCAACGAGAAUAUAGUUCAAAACCACUUAACAUAGCAUUGUUAAACGUAUUUUAGUAGUUAAACGGUAAAUUAGGCAUAUUUUUAUCCCCUAAAAGUUUUUCAUCUGUUGGGAUUUCCUAGCUGAAAGUCUAGUGAUCCGAAAAUUAUAGGGAUCAAAAGUUACCUCUUCGAAAAUUUCAGCCAGAAAAAAGGCUCCCGAAAAUUCUAGGUGACCUUUUAAGGGUAAAAAUCCGUUAAAAAUGGGCAAUUAUACCAUUUUUUAGAUGUUCGAAAAUCCUAGGAGAGGCAGGCAAGCAAGAAAUUUUACAACAAAUGUUCCGAAAAUUCUAGAUCUCAAAUCGUCUUCCGAACAGAUAUUUUCCGAAAAUUGUCGUUGGGUGCCCCUGGUACUGUUUAUUAUGCUGUACAAGGUGGUUCUAACUUAUGAGUCUUUGGAUGAAAUCCUAAAGUGUGACCAUUCAAAUAAAAGCUACUGAGCAGUCCUUUCCUGUGUUACUGUUUAUUAUGCUGCACAAGGUGGUUCUAACUUAUGAGUCUUUGGAUGAAAUCCUAAAGUGUGACCAUUCAAAUAAAAGCUACUGAGCAGUACUUUCCUGUGGUGCUGUUUAUUAUGCUGUACAACGUGGUUCUAACUUUUGAGUCUGUGGAUGAAAUCCUAUGAUGUGACCAAAUGAAAGCUACUGGGCAAUACUUUCCUGUGGUACUGUUUAUUAUCCUGUAAAAAGAUGGUCUAGCUUUGAGUCUGUGGAUGUAAUCCUCAGCGCGACCAUUCAAAUAAAAGCUACCGAGUAGGACCUUCCGGAGAAAGUGGUUCAACUAACUGGUUGUUACGCAGCAUGCGAAACAGCUGUUUCUCCUCGCUAAAAGGCUGUGUUUGCAGACUAUUUAUUACAACAUGAAGAGGGUUCUGGCCUUUCAAAGAACUCAUCCACUAUUGAAACAUUCUUGUACUGUUGACGUUUUGAAAUACGGAAUUAAACGCAAGACGUUUUCUAUACUUAACGUCAGUGUUUCUAAAUUGUUUCUGCCAUCUUUAGGUGAAGAGAAGAGCUUCGUCCCACUCGAUCUCCGUGUUCCUGGUAAAUUCUGUGGCUUGGCUAUUUAUCGUUCCAAUAACUUUGCAUGCCACGCAAAUGUUAAUGCCAGAUUUUUUGCCAAUGCCAAGGUACAGAGAUGGAAAGAUCACGGCGACCAGUAAUAACACCUUCUCAGCGACACAAAUAGCUUUUGAUGUUAUAUUUUUCGCAGCCAGUCGCGGUUUCUCUCUGCCCAUUUUCUACGCGUUUCUUUACAUGAUGUUGUUCCUGUGUUGCGAAGUGGACAAAUUCAAAGACGAGCUUGGAGGUGGUCUCUAUCCAACCGAAGAUAAAGCCAGGAAAAAAGCCAUAAAAAUAAGAACGCUGAUCAAGGAGACAGAGAAGGCUUUCCGUUUUUUCCUCGUGUUGUACAUAACCAUGAUUUUAUUGGCUUCAGCACUAGAAAUUUUCUCCAUCGUGGAAAAAGCUGAAACCGUGAUAAUGGCAAACCACACCGUUUAUGAAUUACCUGCCAGCGCUGCAGCAGCCAGCGUGCAAACUUUAAAUGUUGGGUCGAAAAAUUUGAUGCCUUUUCCGCACAGGUAGGACUUUAAUUUUAAAUCUCAUUACAAUUCCGUCUCAGUGGGUUCCAGUCCUCGCUCCUACUAUUAAAAACUUUCGCGACGGUCCGAAUCGCUGCACCAAAGUGCACACCGUUUGCUCCGUUCUCUUCGCGCCGAAAUCACCGUUCUUGCCGUGUGACGGGAAGCCCUAUCCGGUUUGAUUUUAGUGGCGGCGCAAAAGCUUUUCGGUAUAGUGUGAACAAAGCCUAAUUUAUAGUUCUAACAGCAAUUUGUUUUGUUCAUAAUUAUGUUUGUUUGCAAAAUCAUAACAGUUUUCAAGAUCUUUCUAAUCUUAAGCAAUGUGCGUCAAAAUUCGGUAGAAUUCGGUCAAAGUUCCAUUCAAUAAUUAUCUGGUGUUAUUUAGUUCUAAACCUCGAAUACUGGACUUCCAGCUUAUUCACUGGUACUCACUGUAUCUCAGCCAUCAUUUCUACGUUUGAACCUAUAAUAUUAUUAAAUGGGCGACAGCCUGAAUCCUGUACAACUUAAGACGACCCUGAGUAAAAUCUAACAAAAAAUUGGGUUUAAAGCGAAGCUUGAGAAUUCAAUAACACAAUUAUUCUAUUCGCUCUUGUUGGAUAGAGGAUCGGCCUGUUAGCUAACUCGGCUUGGGGUCCCCUGGAGAACAAGGAGUAAAGCUCAUUACAACUUAUUAAACCUGAUAACCCUUUGAAAACAAAAAGUACAACAGAAAAGCUAUGUUGAUCUUUCUUCAAUCUUAAAUCGGUUUAUUGCCAAUAGCAUGGCUAAUCGUGGCAAUGGGUGCUAUAAUUAGGCAGUAGGUGAUGACAGAUGGCUGUUGGCUGUAAAAAAAACACAAGCAAAGACAGAGCGAUAACAGCAGUAAAUGAAAGACCGUUCCACACAUGUAUACACCGGGCAAAAAAAAAAUGCAUGUAGGCAUCAACAGAAGCGGGUUAAAGGUUGCAUGUCGCACUAUGGGACUUCCUGGUACCAUCCCAUGUGUCCUGUCUUCGAAAUGAAGUUCUCAUGCAAGGAUUUAAACUAAUUAACAAAACAUUUAAGUGAGGAAUGCUUAGUUCCCCAGAAUUAAAGCUCAUAUUAGCACUAACAAGUUACCAUGUGAACUCCUAUUCACAGGUUGACGGGAAAUCGGGCAAUUCCGUAUUAUCUGCUCGUGAUUCCCCCCUCAAAUCACACCGUGGGAAUGUCUGGAGGUGAAGAUUACAUCCCGAAGAAUUUUAUUGAUCAGUACAAGAUCACGACGCAAGAGAUCGUAGUGACAGCUGUACUGGACAUAACAGAAAACGUGGUACUGUACGCCUUUCCACUCUACCAGAUGUCUGUUCUCAAAAGUUGUUUGAAAAGAGUACUGGAGAUGGUGGAAGACAGCGAUUAUGGAGCACAGGAAACCCACUUGGACGGAACUACAUCUGGCGAUAAUGCAGCACAGGGAAUCCACUCAGACGAUACUACCUCUGGCGAUUAUGAAGCACAAGGGACCCACUCAGAACAUACGGCUUCUUGGGAGGAAACGCCUAAAACGAUAUUUAGAACGAGACAAGAGAAGAAAGACUUCACGAAUUGGUUCCGCACUACGUGUAUUUCUGGUGUUAAAGUUCUUGGUAGAGAAGUGAGUUUUCUCUGGGCCUUGGUUUUGACCUUCUUUGGUCCCUUUGUUGUGGUAGUGGUGAAUUUGAUGUUUAAGCACAUUCACGUCGAAUCUCCAUGGCAUUAA